UAAACCAUAUAUACACGGUGACACGUGAAAGUUAAACGGCGUCGUGUUCGAGUUGGACUCUUCUCCAGCAUGAUACGUCUCCGGUGGUGACUCAUCCUACACCGUUCUUUCCUAUCUCAGCUCAACCUCUGCUACGCCUUUUCCUUCGAAACAAAGAAAAAGGAAAAGGGAAAUCUUUCCGCUGUGAUUCACAUUAUUAUAUUUUGUUGUCAAUCCAACACUACUUUUUGUUUUCAUUUCAACUCCUUUCAGGGAUUUCGAUUUUCGGUUCGUUUGAUGAAGAGGACGGUUUUAAUUUAGAUGAUGUCCAAAAAAGCCAGCAACUGCGCUAUUUGCGACAAUUCGAAUCGCGCUUCUAUUUGCGCCGUUUGCGUCAAUUACAGAUUAAAUGAGUAUAAUUCUUUGUUGAAAUCUUUGAAAAGCCGCCGUGAUUUUUUAUACUCAAAAUUAGACGAAGUGCUUGCUGCAAAGGGGAAAGCUGAUGAUCAACUCAAUUGGAAAAUUCUUCAAAACGAGAAGCUAACUGACUUGAAAGAGAAGCUUCGUUGCAGUAAAGAACAAUUAGCUCAAGGGAAGGCUAAGAUUGAGAGAGUGUCUUACGACUUAAAGGUUAAGUAUGGAGUGCUUGAAUCCGCUCGUGGCAUGUUGGAAAAGAAUCGUGUAGAAAAGCUCGAGAAGUUCUAUCCCAACCUUAUCUGCACACAGAGUUUGGGGCAUAUGGCAAUUACCUCAGAACGUCUUCAUAAGCAGUCUGUGGUCAUAAAACAAAUAUGCAAAUUGUUUCCCCAACGCCGGGUAAAUUUAGAUGGUGAGGGAAGAGAUGGAUCUAGUGGUCAGUAUGAUCUGAUUUGCAAUGCUCGCUUACCAAGAGGGCUUGAUCCACACUCUGUUCCAUCCGAGGAGCUUGCUGCCUCAUUAGGAUACAUGGUGCAACUUCUUAAUCUUGUUGUUCAUAACUUGGCUGCUCCUGCACUUCAUAACUCAGGUUUUGCGGGGUCUUGCUCACGGAUAUGGCAGCGAGAUUCUUAUUGGAAUGCACGCCCUUCUUCUCGAAGCAAUGAAUAUCCACUUUUUAUACCGCGCCAAAAUUAUUGCUCUACUAGUGGGGAUAAUUCAUGGACAGACAGAAGCUCUAGUAAUUUUGGUGUCGCUUCAAUGGAAUCUGAGAGAAGGCCCCGCCUGGAUUCAUCUGGAAGUAAUAGCUUCAAUUAUUCUUCUGCCUCUCCUCACACUGUUGAAACACAUAAGGACUUGCAGAUAGGGAUAUCUCUUCUGAAGAAAAGUGUUGCAUGCAUAACAGCUUUCUGCUAUAACUCACUCUGUUUAGAUGUUCCCAUUGAGGCAUCUACCUUUGAAGCAUUUUCUAAAUUACUGGCCACUCUAUCUUCAACCAAGGAAGUGCGAUCUGUUUUUUCCUUGAAAAUGGCUUGUUCAAGGUCAAGUAAGCAAGCUCAACAACUUAACAAAUCUGUAUGGAAUGUCAAUUCUGCCAUGUCAUCGAGCAUGUUAUUGGAGAGUGCACACAUGCUGCCUUUGACGAAAAACCUCUCUGAUCAUAACCUUCCAAGUUCAGCUGCCAGUUUUCUUUUUGCCACUGAGAUGCCUGAUAUUGGGAAGAAGGAAAGCCUUAUUGAAGAAUGGGAUCUUGUGGAGCAUCCAACAUUUCCCCCUCCACCGUCACAAACAGAGGAUGUUGAGCAUUGGACUCGAGCCAUGUUUAUUGAUGCUACAAAGAGAUGACCGGUGCUUGUUCAAGGAAGAGGAUAUACUUAACAAAUGCUGGGAGGGCGGAUUGGCAUUUACAAUAUGUUUACUGCAUGGCCUUGUGUUAAAUGUAAAUAGCUAGAGAUGAUGUCGGCAGUGAUUUGUACAUAUAAUUAUAGGUAAAUUGAGAUCUUCUUUUUCCUAUUUUCCAUGGAAAAAGAAAUAGUAGAACAAAAUUAUUCAACAAACAGGUUAGCUUUGUCCGGUAAAAUUUCUUUCCCUUUGCCCGGAUACAACACGGUAUUGCUUUGAUUCUUGUAUUUAAUUUAAAUAUAAUUAUUAAUUAAUCUUUUGAAGUUUAAUAUUA